AUGACAUUGUUCGCCAGAAUAAAUUAUGGAAUGGAGAUUUUACCAAUCUGCGUUACCCACUCCGGUCAGCAGAUGGCGAUGGAAGGCUUUCAGGUGAUGUUUCUUGCGUGACGUAUAAUCUAGUGGACGGAAAGCUUCAACGGCAGUAAAAGACUACUGAUUCAACCACUUCGGUAGCGCACAUUAAACCAGUCUUGUUUAUAUUAAUGUCAGUGUUUUUAAACAUCAUUCUGUUUUACUUAUUGACUAGUUGAAAAAAAUAAGUUAUUUGCUUGUUAAAUGAAAUUGGCUAAUUUGUUAAAUUGUUAACGUUACUGCACUAGGCUAAACGCUAAUGCUAACUAUCUAGCUUGCUAACAUCGCGACCAUGUGCUCACUAAGCUAUUCGGAGAAAGAAGCUCUAGGGCUGAACAUCAUCGUAAAAGAAGAAGAGGAAGAAGCUUUAAGAAUAAAAAAGGAAGAAGAGGAGACUGUCACAUUAGAAGAAGAAGAGGUGGACAUUACAGUGAAAGAAGAGAAAGAACCUUUUGGAGUAAAAGAGGAAGAGGAGGCUAUCUCAAUUCAAGAGGAGGAGACUGAAGAUCCUGUUAACACCAGAGAGAGACAUGACUAUGGUGGAUCCUCUGGGGAGCCUCAACAACAUCCUGAUGCUGACGAGGCAGAGAAGAGUCUCUCCAGAUCAGAACACCAGAUGGACAACGCUAGCCCUUCCUCCCUCCCGCAGUCCCCGUGUCGUUCCUCUCCCAGUAGCACCUUACUGCGAGAGGAGAAGAAGAAGAAAGGAUCAGUUUUGACUCCUCAAAGAGAAAGACCAGACUCUGAGGAACCAGAGGAAGAAACGUCCAAACCAGCAAGACCAUACCACUGCUCCCAGUGUGCAAAGAGUUUUACCCAGUUCGGGACCAUGAAAAGACACGAGAGGACACACACAGGUGAUAAACCUUACCACUGCUCCCAGUGUGGAAAGAGUUUUACUGAGAUGGGGUCCCUGAAAAAGCACAAGAGAAUACAUCCAGGAGAAAAGCCAUACCACUGCUUCCAGUGUGGAAAGAGUUUUAACCAGUCAAGGGACCUGAAAGAUCAUAAGAGAAUACAUACAGGAGAAAAGCGCCACCACUGUUCCCAGUGUGGAAAGAGUUUUACUCAGUUAGGGAGUCUGAAAAGUCAUAAGCGAAUACACUCUGGAGAGAAGCCUUAUCACUGCUCCAAAUGUGGAAUUGCUUUUUCAGAGUUAAAAACCUUGAAAAGGCAUGAGAGCAUUCACACAGGUGAGAAGCCUUACCACUGUACCUACUGUGGAAAGCGUUUUAGACGAUCGGAAUAUCUGAAAUUACACGAGAGAAUACACACAGGAGAAAAGCCUUACCACUGUUCCCAGUGUGGAAUGAGUUUUAGGCAGUUAAGGGACCUCAAAGAUCAUAUGCAAAUGCACUCUGGAGAGAAGUCUAGCACAUGUUCACAUUGUGGAAAGAGUUUUCUGAGUUUAAGAACUCUGAAAUUCCAUGAGCAUAUACACACAUACAAAAAGGAAAAGUACCAAUGUUCCUCGUGUGGAAAGUGGUUUAUCCAGUUAGAAGACCUGAUUAUGCAUGACAGGAAACACACAGGAGGGGAUAAGACCUACCACUGCUCCCAGUGUGGAAAGAGAUUUAACUGGUUAAGGCAGCUGAAUAAGCAUGAAAGAAUACAUACACAGGAGGAGAAGACAUACCACUGCUCUCAGUGUGGAAAGACAUUUUCCCAGUCAGAGGACCUGAAAUCACAUGAGAGAAUAGAGAGGCUGUGUUCUGACUUGUGUUUCUGACUGAUCAUUUGUGUUUUUGUUUCAUGCCACGUGAAAUCAAAUUGUAUGAAACCAGAAAAAAGGUUUUUUACUUUUGUUGUUUUUUCAUUUAGAGACAUGAUCGUGUCUAAUAUCAGAUUCAAUAUUUAAAAUUGUCUAUUUGGUUUUGAUGAGCUUUGAUUGAUUUGAUAAGUAUAAACCCUCUGUUGUUCAUCAUAUGAUUUUCUAUUUGUUAAGGGAUUUUUUUCAUCAAUAAUGACUAAUUCUGUAUACAUUUCAAUCAGGACUGACUAAUCAGAAUACUAAUUAUGUUACUGUAUAUGUAUGAAUUUUCUUUUAAUCCUAGUACUGAAUAUAAUGUGUGUAAAUAUAAUCAAGAAUUAGAACAAUGACUGGUAGAAAUGAAUGAACUUAUCGUCAGACUGGCUAGAAUGCUGAUCUACACAAGGAGACCAUGUCUCGGUCAUAAAUGAUCUAAAUUGGUGGGAGACGAUGUGGGAAGGCUUGAGAACUAUACAGCCUUUGUACCGGUGUGGAGAAGAGACGGUACGAAGACUAAUGACGUCAUUUUCAGUUUAGAACCCGUUGUAUAAUGUUUCAUGUUCAGUUCUGGAGAAUAAACGCUGCUGAUUGAUUUCCA